CCGGGGUGCGAUGCAGCUCGCGUCGCGGAGCCGGGCGGUCCCGGAAUUUGGACCAGGAGUUGAUGGCGCCGUGUGCUUGGAACGCGUGCUGCCAACGCGAAGGCACGUCUCACGAAGCUCUUUUCGCGACAGAAUCGUACACUCGGGAUCGAGAUCGCUCCGAUUUUGCAUUUGAUGCGCGGUGGUCGUGAGGGGACGAGUUUGUUUCUGUUUCUUCGUCGUUCGUCGUCGUUGUUGUUGUCAUAGAAGCGAGCAGGGGCGCGGGAAUUAUGGACAGCCUGGUUCUUGUGCGGCACCCGGGGUCCUUCAUCUGCGUCUCAAAAUCUCCCCUCCCGCUUAAAUCUGAUCGGGCAUGUUCGGGGCGCACUGACGAGCGAGUAUGGAGGAGACCGCAGCGAAUGACGUCUCUGGUCGCUGCUCUCGAUACUGAAACUGCGAGCACUUCCUCUUCGGAGAACCCCGAACAGCAGGGGCCUCCCAUGAUCGAGCUUCAGUUUUACGGGCCGGAAGCAGGUUCUGUGGCUCAGACACUUACAGUUCAAAGUGGAGAAAAGAAUAUGAGGAAAUUCAUGACUGAGAACAAGUUGGAGCUUUAUGCACUAUAUGGAAAGGUGAUGAACUGUGGAGGAGGCGGCAGUUGUGGCACGUGUUUAGUAGACAUUCUGGAGGGACAGGAGUUACUGAGCGAGCGAACAGACGCGGAGUACAAGUACCUGAAGAAGAAACCUGAGAGCUGGCGUCUCGCAUGCCAAACUAUCAUCGGUGACAAAUCCAACAGUGGGAAGGUUGUGGUACAACGACUUCCACAAAACAAAAAGAAAUAAUCGAUAGCUGCUAUGAGAACGUUGUUAUGUAUGACGAUGAGAAGCUAAAAAUUCUAAACAUAAAGCAAAAUCCAUUACAAUGUGGUCUGAGUGUGCUUUAUAGUCGAAUGUUACGUGGUGCAUUC